AUGCAGAGCGCAGUUGCGAGGUCUAAGCCCCUGCCCGUCGUCGCACGCGUCAGCCAGGACCACUCCACCGGCCUCUACCUCAUCAGCGUCAGGAACUACGAUCCAAACCCGCUCGUCCUCGACCUCGCCGGCCCGCUCCUGUGGUGGCCGUGCAUGGGGCAAGAAGAGAAAGAACAGGCCAUCCCCUGCAGCUCUGGCACGUGCCGCGUCGCCAACAGGAACCACCCGCCCAACUGCCCCUACGUCGACGGCGGCAGGCCGAGGUCCCCGGAGCCCAGCUGCAACUGCACAGCCUACCCCUACAACCCCGUCAACGGCAAGUGCGGCAGCGGCGGGCUCACCUGGGAGUGGCUGUCGGCGAACGCCACGGACGGGCGGCGCCCACUGUACCCGGUCGCGGCGGGGCUCAAGGUGUCCAACAAGUUCGCGCUCUGCCUCCCGCACGUGGCCAUCUUCGGCGGCGGGCCCGUCCACAUCCCGGGCUCGGACGACGACGUCGAGACGGUGACCGACCACCUGAGCCGCACCCGCCUCCUCCGGAACCCGAGGAACAACGCCUACUACAUGGACGACGCGGGCAUUGCCGGCGGCGUCGCGCUGAGCACGGUGACGCCCUACACGGCGCUGCGCCCGGACAUCUACCGCGCGGUGCUCACGGCAUUCGACGCGGCCACGGCCGGCCUCCCGCGCGUUUCUCAGGCGCCCAAGCCGCUGGAGCGCUGCUUCAACCUGACCAUGAUGAACCAGAUGGGGAUGUGGACCGGCUCCCUGCCCGUGGCCGUCGACCUAAUGCUGGCCGACGGGAAGAACUCGACGUUCACCAGCCUGAGCGCGAUGCAUGAGGUUGUCCCACAGACGCUGUGCUUCGCCUUCGUGGAGAUGGGGGCAGGGACCGUGGCGGCGUACGCGGUGCCGGACUCUCCGGCGGUGGUCGUCGGAUGCCACCACAUGGAGAACAACCUGCUGGAGUUCGACCUCAAGAUGGGGGUGCUGCGCGGGGUCCGUGGCCGAGAGGGAGGUUGGGAAAGGCCUGACCGGCAGGGCCCGCGAAGAGAGGGAGGGGGAUGA